GGCGCAGGGGAAGGCGCGCGGCUUGCCCUCUUCACCCGGUUGCCGCCUUCUUUCCGCCCUCCGCCGCCGCCUCUUGAGUGCCUUCCUCGGCUCCAGCGAAGAAAGGAAGCCGCCUUUCCGUCGGGCGGGGGCGGGGGCGGCGGCUGCUCGCUCCGCCGUCCCUCCUGCUUCUUCUGCCGCUUCUUCUUUUUUUGAUCUUCCUUUCUGCGGGUGGGAGGGGAGAAGAGCCGGAGCUCCUACGAGGGAAGGCAGACGCGCGCAGCCCGCCCGCCCGCCCUGGGUGUGCGCAAAGGAGCCAUGCGAGAAUACAAAGUGGUCGUGCUGGGCUCGGGCGGGGUGGGCAAAUCCGCGCUCACCGUGCAGUUCGUGACGGGCUCCUUCAUCGAGAAGUACGACCCCACCAUCGAGGACUUCUACCGCAAGGAGAUCGAGGUGGACUCCUCGCCCUCGGUGCUGGAGAUCCUGGACACGGCCGGCACCGAGCAGUUCGCCUCCAUGCGGGACUUGUACAUCAAGAACGGGCAGGGCUUCAUCCUGGUCUACAGCCUGGUCAACCAGCAGAGCUUUCAGGACAUCAAGCCCAUGCGGGACCAGAUCAUCCGGGUCAAGAGGUACGAGAAGGUGCCCAUGAUCCUGGUGGGCAACAAGGUGGACCUCGAAGGCGAGCGGGAGGUCUCGUUCGGGGAAGGCAAAGCGCUGGCGGAGGAGUGGAGCUGCCCCUUUAUGGAAACUUCAGCCAAAAACAAAGCCUCGGUGGACGAACUCUUUGCCGAGAUCGUCCGGCAAAUGAACUACGCCUCCCAGCCGAACGGGGACGACCAGUGCUGCUCUUCCUGCGUGAUCCUCUGAAAGGAGGAGGGCCGGGGCGGGGAGAGAGACCGCGCGAUCGAGGUCGCUUGCAUUGCGUUUUCCUUUUUUUUUCUUUUUACAAAACAAAAAGAAUCUUGAAGUAAAGGUUUACAGCCACAGCACCAUACACAAAGGCGGCGCCGGCAGCAGCAGCAGCAGCAGCGUUAUCAUCCUGUGAAUCUCGAGCUUUUGAAACAUUUUGUGCGUGAGUGCGCGUGUGUGUGCGUGAGUGCGAGAAAGUGAGCGCGCGCGCGGGUUACACCCGGAUUCCUGCCAGGUUACGGCUUACGCGAGUGCUGCUGCGGGUAGUUCUCGGUGUCCUGGGUCUGCAUUGUCUCUCGUUCCAUCUGACCAAAAGAAAACAAACCCCCUCAAAAAUCUCGUUGGAAAUGUGGCGCUUUCCGCAUGUACAUGCCAUCGAUUUUGAGUGUUGCUUAUUUCUUGUAGUCCCUCUUUGCAGUGGGCUCUGUAUUGGCAACUGAUAUAACCCGUAGGAGAAGUUGGUGUGUGUGUGCUCUCUUUGCAGCAGAGAGAGAGAGGAGGGGUUAGCAAUUGCUGCAUAACUGGAAGAUUAAAACAAAAGACAAAUGUGAACCUCUACAAGAAAUGAAGGGAAACAGCAGAGGAAGAAUGUACAUGUGGAGGCAGUUAAGAUCCUCCUUAUUUGCCAGUCUGAACUUAGCCAGUGACUAGGGAACUCUUGAGUCUGAGGAUUUCUAUGCAAAGUUGGAAUAUUUGUUAACAAGCCUAUCCCACCUGAAGAAGUAUUGCACGUGUUCUGCCUGGGACUUUAAUAACACUGAUGCCAAUACGGUGUGCAAGGUGCCAGAAAAGUGUCUGCUGAUUACUUGUGAAAUCUUCUAUUUUGUUUACCUGCUGUACCUAAAGGGAGAGAAUGGAGAGCAUUUAUUUGUGUGCGUUGUUGUUUUUUUAAAAAAAAUCAGCUGUGAAAACAUUACAGAUCUGCACAAUUUU